CUCACCCUCACAUCACAUCUCACUCAACCAACUCCACCUCAACUCAAAUUAACCCACACUCACCUCUACUCACACUCAACUCGUCCAUAUACUACUACCUGCUUCAAAAAACAAAGCAAUGGACGAUCCCUCAACCCAAACAACCCUCGUCCUAACACACCUCUCCAAAACCCUUUCCCUCUCCCCGCCCCAAUCCACCCACCCGCCCGCAACCCUCACCGGCCUCCCAACAUCACACACCGGAACAGCCUACCUCUUCCUCUCCGUCUCGGCCCACCACCCCCGGCUCCAAAUCCACUCCUACCCGGCCAUCCACUGGGCCCGCGCCUACAUCUCCAACAUCCCGACCCCGUCCGCCCCGAUAUCUCUGCCGUCUACACAAGAGACAUCACGAGAAGGGCCCGUCAUAGGCCUCCUCUCCGAUGCCCUCGCCGGCCCCGCCGUCCGCGCCUGCGUGACAAAAGACCUCCUCCACGUCCGCAAGUUCCUCGCCAUCCUCUCUCCCGUGUUGGAACACAUCAUAUCCUCCAACGCGAACGCAAACUCGUUCUCUUCAGCACCGACGACAAACUCCUCAGCAAUGGACCUAGACGGCCCAGAACCGACAAGAACAACAACAACAACAACAAUGCAACCCCUACCCAGCUGCCUCCUCCACGGCCUCGCAGGAACACUCUACCUCCUCCGCCUAAUCCGCCACUGGGUCCCCUCCUCCGCGCCCCUCGUCUGCGGCGCAAUAGUCCACGUGUCAGAGUACCUCCUCGGCCCGCAUCCCUGGACAUGUCCUUCUCGAUCACCCGCAUCGUCUGAAUCUCACUCUCACUCUCACUCUCAUUCAUCACCACGACCGUCACCAGAAGACACCCGCGGCACAACCCACGGCGACCUAGGCAUAAUAACCCAACUCGUCCUCACAUCUCCUCCCCUCGCCGCAUCCCCGGCCCUGAAAUACCGCCUCGCCGGCCUCCUAGACCUCCAGCUUCCCAACGGCGACUGGCCAGCCCCACCACCCACCUCACCACCCACCUCACCAAACUCACAACACCCCCAAAGCGGCAUACAACAAUCUUCAAACGCACCACUAACACCAGACCAAACACCAACACAGCCAGAACCCCCAGCAUCACCACAACCACCCCGCGCCUUCGCCUCCGGCCCCCAAGGCCUCGUCCUCUCCCUCCUCUCCCUACGCCCCUUCUUCCCGACCCUACACCAUCGCAUCGACGACGCUGUUGAGAGGGCGCGCGAGUUCCUCUGGGCUAGGGCCGUUGACUCUGAGGUGCCGACUGAGGAGGUGAACCUGUUUUACGGGUCGUUGAGUACCGCGUUGUAAGUUUCCUCGUCUCAGUUUAUUGUGUGUUGUUUGCAUGUGAG